AUGGGAGAUGUUUUUGUGUUUCCAGAGGGAUUCAUUCACUUCCAAUUCAAUGUGGGACGAUCUCCAGCGGUUGCAUUCGCUGCUUUGAGCAGCCAAAACCCCGGUGUCAUCUCUAUUGUCAACACCGUCUUUGGGUCUAACCCACCAACUAAUCUGAAUGUUCUUGCUAAGGGAUUCCAGUUGGACCCUAGGGUGGCCAUGCUCAUGGAUCUACAAGCCAAAAUUCUGAUCAUGAAAUACGAAAUAGACCAUGAGUUACCGUUCAUUGUAAUGCCACGAUGUGAUAGUUGCCUUUACUUUCAAGUGUCUUCAUGA